AUGUCCAUUAAACGAACCUGGGGUCUAAUCGUGGGGAGUAUGAGAAGGCUCUCCAUCAUGGACAACGAUAAGGCUGAAGAAGCUUUAGAAACGCUGGAACGGACCUGCUCUAUCCUAUGGAACGCUAAAACUGGCACUGUUCCAACUGAAGUACUCGCUCGUCUGCCGCUGUCACUUGUAAGCCUUGAUCACCAGUCUGUUACCUCAGGGCUGAACGUGCCUUACUUCAUUCCGUGGAAGGAGGGGGAUCUACGGCGUUACGAAAGAAAUCUUGCGCCCGUGGAGGGAAAUGAGAGGAUUUCAUGUGAUGAGAAUGUUCUCCUAGAUGGAUGUCGGAUGGGAUACAGAUUGUCCAGACCAUGGGGUAGCGGUGGGGAAUGGGCGGAAACAAUGUGUUCUCGUUUGCUUACAGAAGUGGACAUUGCACCCCGCAAAGGCACUCAGGGUGAUAUGCUAGCCUUGAAGUCGGUGACUGGAUGGAGACACCAUAUGUGCGUGCAUUUUCUGCGUCCAUGCUACGAGCCUGACUCACUUUAUGCGUGA